UUAAUUAAAGGUGGGCUCGCACGAUUUCAGAGGAUAUCGGUGGACCGAACUGCUUCAGGAUUUCCAGUUCUGUUUUAUUCUCUAAAAAAAUGGGGUCUUGCACUUUUACUGUUUCUGUGGUAGUUACAGCAUGUUUAUGGAGUGUGUCCCUUCAAGGAGAGCAUCAAAGGAGGCUGUACAGUGAUCUAAUGAGAGAUUACAACCCACUGGAGAGACCCGUGUUUAAUGACACGCACACCCUCACUGUAAAUUUCAGCUUAAGUUUGAUGCAGAUCAUCGACGUGGAUGAGAAGAAUCAAGUCCUGACCACAAACAUAUGGCUGCAGCUGUACUGGUAUGAUCAUUAUCUCAAGUGGAACAUCUCAGAGUAUGCUGAUGUGAUGAGUGUAAGAUUCCCUGAUAACCAGAUUUGGAAGCCAGAUAUCUUGCUUUAUAACAGUGCUGAUGAGCAAUUUGAUGCCACUUUUCACACCAAUGUGCUGGUCGUUUCCAACGGCGCCUGCCAUUACAUGCCCCCAGGGAUAUUCAAGAGCACCUGCUACAUCGACGUGCGGUGGUUUCCCUUCGAUGUCCAGCAGUGUGAACUGAAGUUUGGUUCGUGGACAUAUGGGGGCUGGGCUCUGGACCUGCAGAUGAAUGAGGCUGACAUCACAGGCUAUAUUGCCAAUGGGGAAUGGGACCUUGUAGAGGUUGUGGGUCGGAGGACAGAAAAGGUCUACGCCUGUUGUCCAGAGCCGUACCCAGACGUGACAUUCACCGUGGUGAUGCGGAGGCGUACACUCUACUACGCCCUGAACCUGCUUAUCCCCUGCGUCCUUAUCUCAACACUGGCUCUGCUGGUUUUCCUGUUGCCCGCUGACUCAGGAGCGAAAAUCUCCCUCGGCAUUACAGUGCUGCUCUCACUGACAGUGUUCAUGCUCUUGGUAGCAGAGAUAAUGCCGGCAACAUCGGACUCCGUGCCUUUGAUCGCCCAGUAUUUUGCCACUACCAUGGUCAUUGUUGGCUUAUCUGUGAUAGCCACAGUUUGGGUCUUACAGUACCACUACCAUGAUCCUGAUGGAGGCAAAAUGCCAACAUGGACGCGUGUAGUGCUGCUGAACUGGUGUGCCUGGUUCCUGAGGAUGAAGAGGCCAGGUGAGGAGCGGGUGCGCUCCGCCUGCCGUCAUAAGCAGCCACGUGGCAGCGUGUCCAGUGGUGAGCUGAGUUCCGGCACCGUGCACCCACCCAGCGGAAACGUGCUGUACCUGGGCACGCACUGCGCCGCCUCACCCGACUCCGGUGCGAUCUGCAGCCGGCUAGUGGGGGCGGCCGAGGAAGACACGCUGCUUCCUGGCGCCCAAGCACCCUCGGUGAGCGACGGGCGUGGAGACACGGAGCUGGCCAAGAUCCUGGAGGAGGUGCGUUACAUCGCCAAGCGCUUCCGCGACCAAGACGAGGAAGAGUCCAUCUGCAACGAGUGGAAAUUCGCCGCAUCUGUCAUCGACCGCCUCUGCGUCGUGGCCUUUUCCAUGUUCACCAUUCUCUGCACUAUUGGCAUCCUCAUGUCUGCCCCUAACUCUGUGGAGGCCAUUUCCAAAGAUUUCUUUACUUGAAAGCACCUUCUUCCUGUGGUGUUUCUUAUUCCAUAGCUUCUCAGAGUGUAUCAAAAGCAUAUUUGUGUUAAUGUUUUUAAACUCAGAGCUGUUAAAGCAAUUAAGUAGGAUGAAUGGGGAGAGAUGAAUUGCAGUAAUGACAGACAUCUGGUGUUUUUUUAAUUUAACACAAUUUUGGUUUUGAGUGCCAUUUUAUAAGUGAAUGUUUAGCAUAUGCAUAUCUAUUCUAAAAUGAAUUAUAAUCACUCACAAUAAUGUGCACAAAAUAGCCAUAUGUUAAGUUAAACACAAGUUUUUGAGCACUGUUAAAUUGCUAGGAUUGGUUUUACAGUUGUUUUUUUUAUAUUAUCAAAAAAGUACAUUUACAACAUUUGCUUUUGUAAACAUCUGUCUUCAUAUGUAUGAUGAACACUUAUUGUGUAAUAUGAUCCAUAUCAAUUUGCAUAUUGCCACCUGCAUAACAGCUGGGGAAGCAGAUGUGUUUUUGUCAUACUUUACAGGUCUAAUACUAUUUUCUUUAUUUUCUUCAAAGUGAAUUUAUGGUAU